AUGAAAACUGGAGGAGUGAUGAUACAGGUACAGAGAGGUCAGUAUACCGCACAAGUCAUACAGGACAAAAUAAUUUAUAUAACUAACAAAGCCAAUGUCAGAACUAUCGAACAAAGAGGUCUCAUUGAAAUAAGAUAUAUGGAUAUUCUGACGACCAAGGAGAAAUUAGCCGCAGACCUCGCCAAGGAACUAGGACUUAACACAAACGAGGUAAGUGCUAUUAAUGAACUUCAGUGAGACCUAGACUGGCAUAAUGCUAAUACCUAUACACAUUAUGAUUGAAGAGAAAAAGAGGAGCAGGAUCCGAGUGGGAGUUAUGUACUGCAGGGUCAGACAACGUAAAGAAUGAGUCAAAUUUUAUAGAUGCCUGGGGCAAGGUUACGAGGCCCGAAAUUGCAAUGGAAGCAACAGAAAGGAUCAAUGUAAUAAAUGCGGCAAAUAAGGACACCUCGUUCGUGAAUGCAAGGCAAAUAAAGAAGAAUUAG